AUGGGAACCGCGGGUGAUUCUCAGCGAGUGACGGCUUCGGUGCACUGCAUAGAUGUGGAGAACCAGAGCAACAACACCCAGGGAAACGAUUUUGUCAGUCCUGUCCGAUCAUGGAAAAGUUAUGUGUGGGAUACAUGGGACCUUCCACCGGAUCAACGCUGGUUAAUUUUUAAAGUAGAUGCGUUCGUUCUCACAUUCGCAUCGAUUGGCUAUUUUUUGAAAAAUAUCGACCAAUCGAAUGUCAACAACGCAUUCCUCAGUGGCAUGGAAGAGGAUCUCGAGAUGUUCGGCAAUCAACUAGUGACUAGCACAUCGAUCUGGACUGUGGGAUACGUUAUUGGCCAGAUUCCGUCCAACUUGUUGUUAACCAGAAUCUCCCCUCGAUGGGUCAUCCCCUCACUGGAGUUAGGAUGGGGACUCGCAACUAUUUGCACAUCAAGCGUCAAGUCGUACAAGGCUCUGUAUGCUUUGCGCUUCCUUGUCGGAUUUUUUGAAUCAGGAUUUUACCCCGGGAUUCAUUACUUACUAGGAUCGUGGUACACACCACGAGAAAUUGGAAAGCGGGCCAUGAUCUUUUGGCUCGCUGGUUCAGUCGGCACUUUGUUCAGCGGGUUCCUCCAGGCCGCUGCAUAUACAAACCUGAAUGGGACACAUGGGUACGCUGGAUGGCGCUGGCUUUUCAUUAUCGAUGGCAUCAUUACGCUACCGCUUGCGCUCGCUGGGUACGUGUUCUUCCCCAACUUACCGCAAAGCGGCAAGAAGACAUGGUGGACAAGUGAACAGGAGCAUCUUCUGUCUAUUAAAAGAAUGGAGAACAUUGGCCGUGCUGGCAAGAAGCCUUGGACUAUGGCAAAGGCGAAAGCGAUCCUGCUGAGUUGGCAUACCUAUCUUCUUCCAUUGCUAUACAUCAUUUGGAACAAUGGCUAUCCUCAACCCGCUAUGGGUUAUUGGCUGAAGAGCUUCAAUGCCCACCCGCCCCCUCUCCCCGGGACAACUUACACCAUCUCACAGAUAAAUAACUUGCCUCUUCCUACGACCGGUGUUCUCAUUGUGAUGGCAUUGAUUUGGGGCUGGCUUUCCGAUGGGCCAUGUCGUGGCGCUCGCUGGCCAUUUAUUUACAUCGGUGCCGUUGUAACUCUCAUUUUUGCCUGCUUAAUGAUGAAGAUGCCAUUUUACACAAACAUCAAGGGCCGUAUGGUGGUUUAUUGGCUCAGUAAUAUCGGCGCUGGUGCUGGUCCUUUGAUUUUGAGUUGGAUCAACGAGAUCUGUUCCGAUGACACAGAAAAACGGGCGUUGCUUGUUGCCAUGGCUAAUGACUUUGCCUAUGUUGUGCAAGCUAUCGUGAGUCUCCUCUUCCCCCCGCCCCGAGGGCGAGACUAA